AAUUUACAGUGACCUUGUAACCAGGGUGUGUUUUGUUUUCCUCUAGGACUGCUUCACCAAAAACCUCUGAAACAUUGUGUUUUAAUUUUAUUCCCUUUUCUCUAAGUUACAUUACAUUAAUAUGAGAGUAAAACUGAAAGGAUUCGACCAGGGAGUUUGAUUGAAUGUACAUUCUGUACUUUUAAAUGUGUAGAAGAAGAAACUGAAAGUAAAAGCUGCUUUACGAGUGUCGUGACAGCCUGCCGCCUCAGAUUAUUUUCUGGUUGAGGGGAAACACGUUUAGCCGACAAAUCGGAAGAACAAAGUAGGUCUGAAAUGAGCAGCUCCGAUGAGGACGAGAAAGGAUAUGACCCCCACGACACCACGCUGAGCUUUGUGGACAGACCUGAUGACCUGGACCCUCCAUUCAGCGAUGAUGAUGAAGACCAGGGUCUUCGAGCUGAAAUGUCGUGCGGUCACGCUGUCACUCCACAAUCUCUGACUGGCUGGUGUCGCAGCCUGCUGGAUCAGGGUCAGUACAAGUUCAGGUGUCCUGCUAUAGAUGAAGAGACCCAGGAGACUUGUGGUGCCGUGUGGCCGUAUCGAGAGGUGCGGCGCCUGGCGGACCUGAGCGUUGAAGAGAUGGAAUACUUUGAAGAGACCAUCGCUCGCCUGGCUGCUGCAGAGUACCAGGAGUUUAGAGAAUGCCCUGGGUGUAAGAGCUACAUUGAGAGAGAGGACCUGACUAACCUCUGCGUUCAGUGCUUAGUUUGCUCUGCAGACCAGAAGAAACAGGUCCAGUUCUGCUGGCAGUGCUUGAAGCCGUGGAAAGGUCCGGCUCCACGUUCUGAUCGUUGUGGCAAUGAUGACUGCAAAAACCAAGACCUGGAGCUGCUCAGGACCUGCAACACCACAUCCUUCCCCGAGGUCCGGGAUGUCGAGGACUGUCCCUCCAUCCGGGCCUGUCCCACCUGUGGACAAACAGUGGAGCACGACAAGACGGGCUGUAAGAACAUAAUCUGUCCUCGCUGCCAGGUGGAGUUCUGCUUCGUGUGUCUGAAGCUGACUCCUGAGUGUCUGGAGACCAGCUCCUACUACAUCCCCUGCAGUGACGGUGUGGCUCCCAGACAGACAUCCAUACCUGUGUGGCACAGGAAGUAAAACUGCAGAAACAGAUGCUUCCUGUUCUUCUUACUGAAACUUGGAUGAACUAUUGUCAAAAAUGUUGCAAUUCCUAUUGUUGAUGUUCAUCAACUGUGAAACUUCUUUAUUCUAUUAAGCAUCAAAUUAUAUCUGCAACAUUUUUAUUCUCAUGUUAUAUUUUAUGCUGACAAUAAUUUCUUCUUUGCCCUCCUAAUAAAACAUAAUUUUUUACUAAACGUGUUUGACUCUGUCUCAAAUAUGGCGUCCAUCUUAAAUUGAGAUGUUUUUUUUUUAGCUACUUAAUGUGGAAUUUGCUUUUCUAAAAUCGUUGUGUUAAAAUGUUUUGGAAAAUUAGAAUCUGUUAUAUUUGAGACUCAAAUUUAAUAGGCUUUUUGUUGUUUUAAGGUCAAUUGCAAAUACACAUAAAUGUAAAACAGUGAAAUUUGGCAGCUAAAACAACAUCCUUCUUAGCUGCAGACUUUAUUUAUACCAAUUAAGGAGGGAGUCCAAAAGCUUUCUUUAUAAAUUCACUAAGUAAAAAAAUGUAUUUCCCACCAGGAAGAAUUUAAUUUUAUCAGUACCCAAUAAUUUAAAUGGAUCCCUCUAAGACACAGUUCAAUCACUUAAUUUCUGUCAUAUCUGCAGUGGGAUUCUCUUUAUAGUCUCAGUAUAUGUUCUUGAAGACAAUUGUGCAAAGUCUGUCUUAUUUCAUGUUUCUUUUGUUUUUAUUUUCAUAUUGUUAGUUUGGGUUUUGUUUUUAAAUUUUUUUCUGGUUUACUUGAACUCAGCAUCUCUUUUAGCUUUAAUACAAUAUUUAGUCUGUAUUUGAGUGUUUUCCAUACAACCCCAUAAAAUGUUUGCCCUCCAUG